AUGAAAAUUCACUAUCCAACAUUUCUAGUUUCUCUUCGCUAUCUCUGUCAGUCGGAGCGAACAGCGGCGUGGCGUAAAGGAAAACACGAUUUGGCGGUAACCGGACCCGCGUCGGCUUGUUUCGGAACGCUUCGGGGGAAAUCUAGAGUUGUAGUUGUAAAUCGUCGUAAGUGCAGUGAGUCGUGGCGCGAGGCGAGCAUCGCGCUCGUUUGCCAGGAGAGGGUUCUUCGUUAUAACGCGUAG